AUGGAUCAAAUUCUUACAAAAGUUACGGCAAGUGCUGCCACAUAUGCAACUGCCUACGCGAUUAGAACAGGAGUGAAUUGGGCAGGAUCAUUGGCGGCAAAGCGUCUCACAAACUUCAUUCAGCAAUCUGCUCCUGAAUCUGCUCAAUAUAAUUUGGAGCUUGUGAAAUCAAGACUCGAACAGAAGAUCCUGGCUAUUACUCCGGCUGUUGACUUAAUUGAGCUCAUUGCUGCUCGCGGAAACUCUAGUUUACAGAACCUUGUACCUCUCAUUCAAAGACUGCGAGACCACAUUGAUGAAUUCUCAGAAUUUGUAAUUGAAAAAGAUUUACCAAAUCCGGACCAGGAAAAUUUAAAAGAAGCAUCCAAAGACAUUCACACUAGCUGCGAAUAUCUACUAAAGGAAAUUGAACAGACCAUUCCUUUAAUUAAUCUUUCUCUUACGACUUCAGGCGUAACUUUGAGUUCAGCACUGAAAGAAUCGCUGUCUCCUUCUCGUUUACUGCAAGCACAAGCUUUCUUAGAGUUAUCAGACAGACAGUUUGAAGAGAAUCUGACAAAUGUACAGAUAGGUCCCAAAUUUUCACUUACAUUUUAUAAAACCUUUCACCGUUCUAAGCAAAGUGAUGGUCCGUCCGACGUUUCUUGGAAGGAAGAAUUUCCUAAGUGCUUGGUAUACGUAAAAAGAAUUGUUUCCGACGAAAAGUUUCGGUAUGCAUUAAUUAUUGAAGAAGACCUAAAUGACGGACGAUAUCAUGAAGAAUUAGUCGACAAAGACUUAUCGGGGCCCAUAAGGGGAAAGACUAUAGAAUAUCCUAUAAACUGUAUGUCUAUAUUAUGCUACACUGUUUCUGGAAAGUUGCUAGACAUACCUCAAUCAAGAUCACCUGUUCUUGCUGUUCAGCUAAUGCAGGCUUCUCCUGUAGAUGAAACUUUGGCCAUUUCAAACUCGAAAGAGGGACAUGCUUCUUUCAACGAUGAAGCAGAGGAAAACCCAAACAAAGAGUCUGUAAACAACACAAGAACAGAUUGGAUAGCGUUAGAAAGGUAUGAGGAUCCUUCUUUUGAAGCAUCUUCAGAAUCAGAAAGUGAACUGAAUUCAGAAUCUAGUUCAGUAAGCGAUUCGGAAGAUAAUACCAGGAAUUCGAACAAGGCACAAGGCAAUAAAACAGAGGAUACAAAAAAAAUUAGUUUGGAUGAAGAAGAAAUUAUAAAUUCUAUGUAUUCAUUGAAUAUUAAUCCAGCUACAUCACUUUAUUUGUCUAACCCAAAUUCCCUUUCUCUAUUAGAGUACAUCCUGCGUUUGUGUGCUUUGCAAGAACUACAUCAAAAGGCUUGUUUUGAGAUGAGUGAUGAACAGUUAUCUGAUAUGUUAGUUAAUGCUUGGAAUAAUUAG